AUGAAUCCCAAAACCAUCAUUGCUUGCUCUGUUCUUCUUCUUGUAUUAGCUCUGCAAAUGAACUUGGUAUGUUCCACAAGUAGGCCUCUUGCAGCUAAUCAACCAGGAUCAAGCCCUCCAAGCUGUGAGCACAAGUGCUAUGGGUGCUCACCAUGUGAAGCAAUUGAAGUGCCCACAACCAGCAGAAGCCACAUCCAUGGCCUGAGAUUGAGCUAUGCUAAUUAUGAGCCUGAGAGUUGGAAAUGCAAAUGCGGCCCUUCUUUCUACAGUCCGUGA